AUGGGGAAGGAUAAUGAAGGUGUGUGUUUAGACAAGCAGAGUGAUUUUUCUGGAACUGCUCCACUGAGCUCUCAGCCCAUGCUGCUCCUUGGACCGGAGGGAAACUACAACUAUUACGUGGAUGAUGAAGAUGAGGAAGAAGAAGAAAAAGACCAAGGAAAAUGGCCAACAGGGGACCCAUUUGAAGGAGAAAACAAGCUCUCAUCAUCCAUUACUUUCUCCCCAGUCUUUUCCCCUGGGGCCCCAACCAGGCCUUCCACUUCAUCCGUGCUGAACAUUAAUGUUGGUGGCCAGAGCUACCGUCUCACCUACCAGGCAGUGGCCACCUAUCCCAAGACCCGCCUGGGCCGCCUGGCCACUUCCACAGACCGUCGCUGCCAGCUGGGCCUGUGCGAUGACUACGCCGCCCAGGUGGAUGAGUAUUUCUUUGACCGAGACCCAGCUGUCUUUCAGCUGGUGUACAACUUCUAUGCUUCAGGGGUGCUCCAGGUGCGGGAUGAGCUGUGCCCACGCAGCUUCUUGGAGGAGCUGAGCUACUGGGGCGUGCGGCUCAAAUACACACCCCGCUGCUGCCGCAUCUGCUUUGAGGAGCGUCGCGACGAGCUGAGCGAGCAGCUGAAAGUCCAGCGUGAGCUGCGCUCCCAGGCAGAGGCUCAGGAGAAUGAGCAGCUCUUCCAUCACAUGCGCUACUAUGGGCCCCAGCGCUGGCGCCUCUGGAACCUCAUGGAGAAGCCCUUCUCCUCCGUCACUGCCAAAGUGAUGGCAGUGGCCUCCAGCUUCUUUGUGCUCAUUUCUGUGGUGGCUCUGGCGCUCAAUACAGUGGAGGAGAUGAAGCAGGUAGACAAUAAGAGUGGAGAGAGUCGGCCUGUCCUGGAGCACAUUGAGACUCUGUGCAUCGUGUUCUUCACGCUGGAGUACUUGCUGCGCUUGGUCUCCACACCAGACCUGCGUCGUUUUGCCAGCAGCGCCCUCAAUGCUGUAGACCUCAUUGCCAUCCUGCCCCUCUACCUGCAGCUGUUGCUUGAAUGCUUCACUGAUGAUGACCAGCCCCGAGGUCGGGGCUCUCAGCAUGAGUAUGAUAUCGAGAAGGUGGGACGGGUGGGCAAAGUGGGACAAGUGCUUCGUAUCAUGCGUCUCAUGCGCAUCUUCCGCAUCCUCAAGCUGGCCCGCCACUCCACAGGGCUGCGUGCCUUUGGCUUUACCUUGCGUCAAUGCUACCAGCAGGUGGGCUGCCUUUUGCUCUUCAUUGCCAUGGGCAUCUUCGCCUUCUCUGCCAUGGUCUACACAGUGGAGCAUGAUGUAUCCAGUACCAACUUCACCAGCAUCCCCCAUGCUUGGUGGUGGGCUGCCGUCAGCAUCUCCACUGUGGGAUACGGAGACAUGUGUCCAGAAACUCACCUCGGCCGCCUGUUUGCAUUCCUGUGCAUUGCUUUUGGGAUAAUCCUGAACGGCAUGCCCAUCUCCAUCCUCUACAACAAGUUCUCAGACUAUUACAGCAAACUGAAAGCCUACGAGUACACUGCUCUCAAGAAAGAGAGGGGGAAGGUGGACUUCACGCGGAGAGCCAUGAAGAAAAUCUCUGAAUGCUGUGGAGAAGGUGGAGCUCGCUCCUUGCCACAACACGGAUAG